AAACGGCCUGUGAACUUAUUCGGGCGAUACUGUUUGAGCGAAAGGACUGUUAAUUGGAUUUUCAACCAGGUUUGCGAUGCUGGCCUAUUAAGCCAAUGCAUGAAUGACCUCGUGUGUUGCCUGCUGCACCCGUGCUGGUGUAACAGAAUAGUGUAGUCGCGGCACUUGCCCGUAACUGAAUGCUGAAAGGGAUUUCCUGUACAGAAAGCCGUACGAAUGUAAGGUUGUUAUAGUGCGGAGAUAUUUCGACAAAGGCUUCCUGCCUUUAGUGCAAUGGUUCCUACCCGACACCGUACACGAGUGACUGCUGGAAAACUACGACAGCGCAUCAAUCCAAAAAAAAAACCGCGGCCGGUCAUACUACCAGUAAAACCGACCGUCAAACAAGUAGCCAAAGGACUUGCAAAUGACGAGGAAAGAGAGGGGACGUUUGGAAGCUCGUGAAGAAGAGCUGCUCACGAAAUGUCGCUGCGAUUGUCUUCAAUUCUAGCCGGCGGAGAGCCUACGAAUCCUCGGCCCGCUUGGUCGGGAGCUCGAUCGCAGAUUCCUCUAUUGGCAGUGUCCACGGAAAAUCGUGAGGUGGUGCUUGUGGUAACUAAGCAUGGAGAGACAGCAGCGCGCAUUCAGAACACCCCGUCGGCAAGGGAUGGCGAAGAGAAUCAGAGAGCGCACGUCAGUGCGUUGAGAUGGCAUCCUCGUAAGCUUGAUAUUCCUUAAAGGGGUUUGGCUUGUUUUGACAAUGUUAGUUUAUAUGCACCCGAAGUCGCUGAGCAAGGCAGAAGACAUGACUGUCCUGACACAACUAUGAAAAUGCGAACACGUGCAAUAACUGCCCCGAAGUAGUCACUUGCUUUCCGGACAGCCGCGAUUGCACUGUUUCUCAAGAGAAGUUCGUUUUUUCCUGAGCUUUCUGCUCGUCGAAAUUACUCUCAAAGGCUUGAGAACUCCGGUGCAGUGGCCUGAAGUAAAUGUCACUGAUUUAUUUUGGCGCGUCUCUGAAUCGGAAUGGCACUUUCCCAGCAAGAUACACUGUUUAUUGGGUGGACUUCCGGCAGAAUUUCCUGGUGGGACCAUAGAAACGCCACCAAUCGAAGUGAAGACAUUCCCGAAGAGGGAUCAAUCAAGGUCAUCGAUCUCCCUCACAGCACGGCCAUCACCCACAUCGCCAUUUCUCCUAAGGGCGAACUCUGCGUUUCCGAUGUGGGAAAAAUGGUUGCUCCAGCAACCAGAGGCAACCAACCUUUUUUCUCACGGAGAAUUCCAGGGUGGUCUAUGAAGCUGAUCACCUUGGUCUCCGUUUCAGAAGUAUUUGUUCUCUGGCUGACUGAUCCUUGCCUUCCCCGAAAUAGGUACACUUCAACCGUGCCUCUGCUUCUCGUCGACUACGUGGCGACGACAGACCGCCUCGUACUUCUUACAGAUCAAGCGUUCCUGAUACAGCUGGCGCUGUUGGAAGACGGACCUGCACGUGCCCUGUCUCAGACGAACGUCGCUUGGCUCCACAACUGCGUCGAAUCGCCUCAAUUUGCUUGGAUUGACGAGAACAUCUUGGCCUCCGUUGCGGGGGAGCAAGUCAUUCGGUUUUGGAAUAUGGCGACCGAAGAGAGUCACGUUCUCAGUCUUCACGCAGAGAUGAGGGAUGCCACUCUCUCUGGCGACGUGCCUUCUUAUCUCGCUUUCCGCAGAAGUAGUGAAUCCCUCCUAGUCGGUACAAAAGGAGGCAAAGUUGCUCGAUGCAGGCGGCGGCACAUCGCUCUGUCUUCGGAGUUGGUGUGGGAAGAUUUUGAGUUGAUUCACGAAGGUGAUAAUGGUAGUUGCUCCAGCAUCGCUGUAUUUGAAGGAAAUGACGAGGCUAUCGCUAUCAGCGGCAAGGCGACACUGUCACUCCUGUUUUGGAUAGAACCUGCUAUUGCGGCCGAUGCAGGCCUCAUCGCUAUCCAAUCGGGUUUCACAGAGAUUUCCUUGUUUAUGGAGAAGCCGAGAGAAGGGGACGCCGGUGAAAACGCCGAGUGGUCGGCAGGGGGGAUGGACACCGUUCGGCCAGCUUCACCUUUCUUCCUCGGCGACUCUCUGCCGUCGACCCUUUCUACGCGGUUUUCAACUCGGCAACCCUUCACCGGGUUGACAAUAAACAGAUCCAUGUUGGUCGUAUUCAGCACCCAAUUGAUCACCGUUUUCAAAGUAACGGAGGACCAGGGAAGCCUUUUGGCGUGUCCUGUGUCUUGCAUCGAAACACUUGGAGUCACUGGAGCUGUCGCUUACUUCGACGGGUCAGUGACGACACUUUUCGUGGCAACUCCACGAGGUGUCCUGCUUAUGUCACUUGAAGUGAGCACAUAG